AUGUCUUCCUCCAACGUUGUCAAGAUAGUUAACGGGAACUGCCUGAAAGCAGUUUACGACAACACCAACAAGGUCUGCCACAUCAAGAACAACGGCGCAAAUGCCUUGAACUGGGUCCAGAAUAAUCAGUUCUCUGUUGUGUACCUGAACAACAAUCUCCCGGAAGCGACCAAUGUUGCUCGCUGCCCCUUCACGGAGACGACUUAUACAAACGGCGGAAAGACAUACAAGAUUUGCCCUGAUACUGACAUCCGUGGGGCCAGCGCUCAGAUGAUCAACAAUGUGGCGAACACCCAGGACUGUGCUCAGCGCUGUGCCACAACCAACGGCUGUGCCAGGGCCGUCUUCGACACUGUCGCCUUGGUGUGCCAUAUCAAGGCCGAUGCUGCGGCCAACACCCUGAUCUGGUCGACCAACAAGCGCUUCGAUGUCAUCCGCCAGGAUGUCGCUGCGACCCCUGCGACUUCGGGGUCGUGGUCUGAUCUGGUUCGGUUCCCUGUCAUUCCCGUUGCGGCCUAUAUCGUCCCUGCAUUCCCAGAAACCUCAAGGCUUUUGAUGUUUUCCAGCUGGGGCAAGGAUGCUUUCGGAGGAGCUGGUGGACAGACUCAGUUUGCUGAUUACAACUUCAAGACUGGUGCUGUCUCAGCCAGGACAGUCGCCAACACAGGCCACGACAUGUUCUGCCCGGGAAUCAGCAGUCUUCAGGAUGGACGUAUCUUGAUCACUGGAGGCAGCAACGCCGAUGUGACAAGUUUCUACGACCCGGCCAGCAAUGCCUUCACCAAAGGGCCGAAUAUGAUCACACCCAGGGGCUAUCAAACCUCAGCCACUCUGUCUGAUGGGAGAAUCUUCACCAUUGGUGGGGCUUACUCCCCGCCCAUCGUAGGCAAGGAUGGAGAAGUUUACGAUCCCACUACCAAUAAGUGGACGGCUCUCCCAGAUGCCAAGGUCGGGCCUAUGCUGACGGUCGACCAUGAGGGCAUCUGGAGAGAGGAUAACCAUGGAUGGCUGGUGGGUUGGAAGAACGGAUCUGUAUUCCAAGCUGGCCCAAGCAAGAACCAGAACUGGUACGGAACGACUGGCACGGGCUCCCAGGUCGCUGCCGGCACACGAGACACUGAUGCUGCUAUGUGCGGAGUCUGGGCCAUGUACGAGCCUGGCAAGAUUUUCAGCGCCGGCGGUGCUCCCGACUACACAGACUCUCCCGCCACCAACCGUGCCCACAUCACCACCAUCAACAACCCCAACCAGCCGGCAUCGGUCGAGCGUGCAGCAGACAUGGCCUACCCACGCGGCUUCGCAAACGCCGUCGUCCUCCCCGACGGACAAGUCCUCGUCACGGGCGGCCAGAAGCGCUCGCUCGUGUUCACGGACACGGACGGCAUCCUGUUCGCAGAGAUGUUCAACCCGGCCACCAAGACGUGGAAGACGCUGGCGGCCGAGGCGGUGCCCAGGAACUACCACUCGGUCAGCCUGCUCCUGCCCGACGGGACCGUCUUCUCCGGCGGCGGCGGCCUCUGCUACGUCGGCCAGCCCGGCGCCAGCUCCGCAAACUGCGACAAGUCGGUCGAUCAUGCGGACGGCCAGAUCUUCAGCCCGCCGUACUUGUUCAAGGCGGACGGCACGGCCGCCACCCGGCCUGUGAUCUCGACCGUCAGUGCCACCACGGUCAAGGUCGGGGCGAAGCUCACCGCUUCGGUAAACAUGGCGAAUUCCAAGUUAGUUUUGGUCCGUAUUGGGAGUUCCACACACAGUGUCAACAGUGACCAGAGGCGUGUGCCGUUGACGAGCGUGGCAGUCAGUGGGAAUUCGUAUACUGCGACCCUACCUGCUGACAGCGGCAUUUUGAUCCCUGGACAUUACUACCUGUUCGCGGUCAGCAGCACGGGAGUGCCGAGCACGGCGAAGACGGUUAGGAUCACAUUGUAA